AUGCGUUUUCAGCUGCGAGAAGCCAAUGUGGAGAUUGUAGACCACCUCCUGAAGUAUGGAGCCUCAGUGCUGAUAAACUGCCAGGCAAGGAAGGGGGAAACACCUCUGUACGAGGCAAGUAAGAAUGGUUACAAGGAAGUUGUGGAACUGCUUCUAUCUCAUAAAGCAGAUGCUAACCGAACAACUAAGUCUGGCCUCCUGCCUCUUCAUAUUGCUGUCCAGAAAGGACAUUUUGACAUUGUGUCCAUGCUGAUCCCUGCCACCAGCAAGGUCAAAGUUCAACGCAGUGGCAUCAGUCCCCUCCACCUGGCUGCCGAGUACAACCGGGACUGGAUCCUGGAGAUCCUUAUCGAGGCAGGCUAUGACGUCAAUUUCCAGCUCGCAGAAGACCGAUCCAAAAUGUAUGAGGACCAUCGCAGCACAGCACUCUACUUUGCUGUCUCCAACAGCAACCUAGAGGCGGCUGAAAUGCUUCUGGAUGCAGGCGCUAACCCCAACCUUGAUAUGUUCAACCCUCUUCUUGUCGCUGUGAGGCAGGGUUACAUGGAAAUGAUCACCGCUCUGGUGGAGCAUGGAGCUAACAUGAAUGCGUCCAUCCCCACACACCCCUGCUCCUUCCCGGCAGUGGUCAUGCUCGGUAUGAAGUAUCUGCACAUCCUGAACUAUCUGAAGUAUCUGAUGUCCAAUGGCUGUGAUGCCCUUUCCUGUUUUGAUUGCACAUAUGGCAGCAAGCCACACCCACCCCUGAAAAUUUCAAGAAGGGUCAGCAUCUUUGGCGAAACUUUGCGCUACGUUAUUGAUGAGGACGAAGCUCGACGCAACACUUGCGUCCAGUUCUGUGAGGCAAUCUCCGAUCCGACAAUUAGCCGCUGGGCAGGACCCAUCAUAGAUGUGCUCCUGGAUUACGUUGGCCAUGUGAAACUCUGCUCCCGGCUGAUCGAGAACCUGGAUAGCUACAGUGACUGGGCAGGGAUCAAGGUGAAAGCAAGUGUAUGGCUGCCACCAACUGGACGGGUUGAAAAAACAAGGUCCUGAGAGGGGUGUACGGCUUGCGACAAUACUCCAUUCAACUCCUCCUCCGAGAAAUCUUUCAGUCCCAGGUACCGCUCCGCCGCAUCCACAAUGAUGUCUAUUCUACCGGACCUUCUCUCCACCUUGGCAGUGCCAUUAAUCACCAUAGCUAUAAAGGCCACAAAGUCCACCUUCUUAACCUUUAAAAUACCUGGGUCCUGAUGGUGAAAGGCAACCCCUGCAGCCUGCAGUGAAGGCCUAUCCACCACAAUGGAAUCUUCAUGAGCACCAUUCAAAGCCUCAACCCUUUAAACAGCCGCUGUAUAUGAAAUGUUCUGGACAGCCCUGAAUUUGGCCACCUCAUUAUCUUUUACCGU